GUGCGUCCCCACUGUUUCCUUUUCGGUCUAUGUAUAUGGACGUUAACCCGCGCGUCGGUCUUCCCCGUUUAUCGCAGCGCAGUAGCCACCGCCGAUCGCUCGCAUCGUCACGUGAUAUGUCGUCUCCAAACCGCUUUGGUUUCGAGGCUGAAACAGGAAGUGCCGCCAUGACAGUCCACGUAUCUGGACAUUAACCUAAGAUUAUUCCCGAACACCAACCAAUCGGCAAAAGGCAAUAUCGACUUGGCAGGAAUUAACCGAUAAAUGCACGAACGGAGUGGGGAAGAAGUUAUGGCUGAAGAUAUAAUGUUAAUUGCAUUCUUUUUGUGCCAUAUGCCUGUAAAGAUCAUGACGGUUAUGCUAAAAAAGUCAAAACAAAAUUUCAAGAACUUGGCUUUGAAAUGGAAAGUAUUCAUGAAAAAGAAAAUCCUGUUGAAGCAGUAAAUAUUGCCCAAGGAAUAUUUAUUGGUGGUGGAAAUACUUUUCUGUUACUUAAAACUUUAUAUGAAAAUGGUCUGAUUGAGGCAAUUCAAAAUAGAGUUCUGAAGGAUGGUAUUCCUUAUAUGGGUGCAAGUGCUGGAACUAAUGUAGCAACUUGCAGUAUAUGCACAACAAAUGACAUGCCUAUAGUUUAUCCUCCUUCUUUUAAUGCCUUAUGUUUGGUUCCAUUUAAUAUUAAUCCACAUUUUAUUGAUGCUGAUCCAAGUAGCAAACACAUGGGAGAGACUCGAGAACAACGCAUUAAAGAAUAUCAUGGUAUUCCAGAAACACCUCCUGUUUUAGGUUUAAGAGAAGGUUGUUAUUUGCUUGUAUGUGAGGAAAGGACUGAAAUUAAUGGAUUAUCAGGAGCAAGGUUAUUUGUCAGUGGUAAAGAUCCGGUUGAAUACUCAGCAGGAAGUGACAUGAGUUUUUUGUUUAAAUAAAUGAAGGUUAAUAUGACGAGGAAA